AUGGAAGGCUUUCAUAAAGACAGUGCCAACUUAUACAUAUGCUGGGAGUGCAAAGCCCUUAUGUCUAGAAUUUGUGGAUUCCGUAAUCAGGCAUGUACAGCACAAAAACAGCUGACUAUGAUUUCUGAAGGACAGACUUAUAAAACUCUAACAGUUUUAUCAAAUCUGACUCAAUCUUUAAAAGCAAAUUAUGACUAUACCUUUAUAUACACGUCAGAAGAUUCCUCAAUGCUAAUAGAUAACUUCAUAGAUUGCGGACCUAUAAGAGAUAUUAAAGUGGAAAGUGAUACAGAUGAUGUUCCUUUAGCAGAGCUUCUACUUAACAAUUAUAUGACCCAUGAAAAUGUAGAAGAGGAGAAAACUUCUUUAAGUGUGAACCCAAAAAGUACUUAUUUAAAUAACUUAAAUAAGACAUAUCAAAAAACAAAAUCCAUCAGAAAAAAGUGCCCCAGUGAAACUAUGAAGGAAAAUAAUGUCUUAGUAAUGAGCAAUAACAAAUAUUACUCUACGAGCCAAAUGAAUGAGAUUGAAAUGGCCGAAAGCAGAAAAAUGAGAAGUUAUGCUAUGGCCUAUUCGGAUGCACCAUAUAAAUGUGAAAGUUGUGUUGAAGGGUUUAAUUUUGAAAUCGACUUUAAUAGACACUACUUGGAUAAGCAUACUGAGAGAGCCAACCAUGCAGAAUGCGAUAUUUGUCGCACUUACGUAGAAAAGAUGUCUCUUCCUUUACACAGAAAGGAGCAUUAUUUGAGGCACACAUGUAGCUUUUGUGAUUUUGGCACGUCUGAUCUAAAGAAUAUGUUAAGUCAUUUAAAGAGUGAUCACACCAUUAAGAAUGUGGGCGCAAUUAAGAAAAAGAACAGAAGUGGAAAUAUCGUUAAGAACCCCGGUUCAAAGCCAAGAAGGAACAAGGCCAUGAAAGAUAAACGCACCCCAUUAGGAUUCCAGUGUACGGAAUGCGAUAACUACUUUGAGAACAAGAAGAUGAGGUGGAAGCACGUCCAGAAACAGCAUCGCGACGGAUUCGAAUGCAGCACCUGUGGCAAAAGGUUCGCGUUCAAGAACAACCUGACAAGACACGAGCAGACGCACUCACCGCGGCCGCGGGUGGCGUGCGCCGCGUGCGGCAAGCAGGUGCGCGCCGACCUGGUGCGCGCGCACGCCCGCACGCACGCGCAGCGCGAGCGGCUCGCGUGCGCCGCGUGCGAGCGCUCGUUCGCCAGCCGCGCGUCGUACGAGCACCACCUGAAGUACGCGCGGGCGCACGCGCGCGGCGACGUGCUGAGGUACAAGUGUUCGGUGUGCGAUAAAGGAUACAAGUCGAAGGGGGAGCUGAGAGACCACAUAAACUACAGGCACAUGGGCAAAACUCAGCACAAGUGUCCCAUCUGCGCAAAGGCGCUGGCGACGCGUCGCUGCGUCACGCGCCACGUGAAGCGCGCACACGACGGCAUAAAGGAGAACCAGCGAGACAAAAUAUGCCAGCAGUGCGGGAAGGCUUUCAGAGACAAGAAGGGCUUGCGCGAGCACGAGCUCAUCCACACUGGCGAGCGGCCGCUCUCCUGCGAGAUAUGCGGCUGCACGUUCAGGCAGAACGCGACUCUGUACACGCACAGGAAGCGGGUGCACAAGAUACACCCGCAGAGGGCGCGGGUCGAGCUGAUUGAGGGC